GCGGUGCAGCGACCAGUCCCUGAGCUGCCGGCGGGGAAACUGAGGCCCGGGCGACCGGGGCGGAGCUGGCCCCGGGGAGAGCCCGAGCCUCCGCCCCCGGCCGGCCCCGCCCCGGCCCGUAAGAGGCCCCCUAGGCGCCGGGCGAAGCCGCACAGCGCGGCGCUGGGGGCCGGGGCCAGGACCGCGAUGGCAGCUCAGCGUCUGGGCAAGCGGGUGCUGAGCAAGCUGCAGUCUCCGUCGCGGGCUCGCGGCCCGGGGGGCAGCCCCCGGGGGCUGCAGAAACGACACGCGCGUGUCACCGUCAAGUACGACCGGCGGGAGCUGCAGCGGCGGCUAGACGUGGAGAAGUGGAUCGACGGGCGCUUGGAGGAGCUGUACCGCGGCAGGGAGGCAGACAUGCCUGAUGAGGUCAACAUUGACGAAUUGUUGGAAUUAGAGAGCGAAGACGACAGAAGCCGGAAAAUCCAGGGACUCCUGAAGUCGUGCAGGAACCCCACAGAGGACUUCGUUCAGGAGCUGCUGGGGAAGCUACGAGGCCUCCACAAGCAGCCCGGCGUCCACCCGCCAAGCCCCUCCGGGGACCGCAGCCUGAGCCCCCUCCAGGACCCAGCCCGGACCGCGCCACCCUGACCUUCUUGCCUCCGUGGCCCCCUCUCUUCUCCCCUACCCUCCACACCGUCCUGGCUUGUUUGUGAGUUGUAUGUAAUGGUUCUGUAACAAUAUGGUGUGCCUGUUUUUCCUCUCCCUGAUUACCGUGGGUUUCCCUGAGCUCCCCCCACACACCUCCGUCUGUCCUGCUGCAUCUCCCCCGGUCCUGGCACCCGCAGCCCGCCCGACAGAUGGAGAAUCGUUCGCCAGCCAGAGAGCAUGAGAACAGGCCCUGCUGACCUUGCCCCCCUCCCCUUCUGGAACUCGGCUUGUCCUCACUUCCCCCGCAGCCUUGGCCCAGUGCAAGCCAGCAGGGCCCCAGUGGUUGUCAUUCAGGGCUCCUGUGGGAAUGAUGGCCUGUGGUCCUUGUACCACGGGAGAUGCACAAAACCAAAUGUGCCCAAUAUCACCACCACACAUCGUGAACAAACCAGGAGGGCUUCCUGAAGAAAGUGACACUGAGGCAAGGCUUUGAAGGAUGCAUAGGAGUUUAUAUGAAAUGGGUACCCAUAUCUGAACCUUGUGAGUAGAGGGAUUGACAUUGAGGCUAAGGCAGGGAAGAUACCAGAUAUCGGUGGAGCCAUCCACCCAUCAGCGUCGGCAAGUCCCCUAGAGCUGGAUCAGGGAGGCCGCUGGGCUGGGCGCUAGGGAGGCCUGAAGGGCAUCAGAAGUGGGUGGCAGCUAUUCACCCCAAACUGUGGAAUUAUUUCAGUAUUUUUUUAAAAAGAUUUUAUUUACCUGACAGAGCACAAGUAGACAGAGCAGUGGGCAGAGGGAGAGGGAGAAGCAGGCUCCCCGUUGAGCAGAGAGC